AGGAAGGGCCACCUCCAAUGGCGGACGCAAUCUCAGACGUCACCGAAACAACUUCAUCUUCUUCCUCUUCCUCUCCCUCCUCCUUCCCCAACUUUCCAUACCCAUUCUCACCUCACUCAACUCAACGCUUAAAUAAAUAAAUAAAUAAACCUUUUUUUUUGGGGGGUCCAACUUCUCCUUUCCUUUGCUUUGCUUGGCUUCUCUUUUUUUUUUUUUUUUUUUUUGGGUGAACGCUUUUGCUUUGGUUUGCUUUGGUUUCACAUGGUAUUGGAUGCAGCCAGACAAACUGAAACAGCUCCUCUCCCUCUCUCUUUCUGGCUGUAGCUCUGAAAGCGAAAAUUGAAGUUUCCCCAAAACCCAAUUGAUUGAAUUCGCUCCCCUGCACCUUCCUCCUCCUUUCUCGCUCCCUUCCUGAAAUCGAAUUUUUCCUCCUUCCCUGUUCCUUCUGCUGAGUAUUGCUGUUCUUGUUUCAGUCUUUUUGACUUGAUCUUCUUUCUGGGGGUAGAUCUGUCCCGAGCUGACAUCGGUAUCUAGUCUUUAUAAGCUUGGCAGCGAGAGCUCUGACGACCCUUUUCGAUUCUUUCCCUUUCCCCACUUGACUGAGCCUCUCAUGGCUGUUCCGUAGCUCGACAUGACUUGGCUUUUAGAGAAUGAUUGUGAUUGAUCUUGUUCAUGGCCAUGGCAUGCUCUCUGAUACCAAUAAGCCCAAGUUCCAUGGAAGGUUCUGUCAGUAUUUUGACUUUACGUCUGCUGUAUCCAUUUCUGUAUUGUAACUGGGUCGAUGGAUAGUGGGGGAAUGCUAUGCUUCCAUUAUUGCCAUCAAAUAGAUUUUUCCUUUUAAUGGCAAACUUAACAGAGCCCUCUUCUUCUCUGAGCUUUACUUCUUCGUCCCACUUAUCGAACAACUCUGCCGGCAAUAAUAACGUGUCGGGGUCGUCUUCCCCCGAGACGGGGCCUAGCCUUGAAAUCAUUAGUCUGAGCAAGCUCAGCUCUAACUUGGAGCAGCUUCUUACUGACUGCAGUUUCGAUUACAGCGAUGCCGAUAUUGUCGUCGAGAAUACCCCCGUGGGUGUUCACCGAUGCAUUUUGGCUGCUCGGAGUGACUUCUUCCAUGAGCUUUUCAAGCGAGAAAAGGGGUCUAGCGGCGAGAAGGACAGUAAACCAAAGUACUACCUGAGUGAGUUCUUGCCUUAUGGUAAGGUCGGGUACGAAGCUUUCUUGAUUUUCUUGGGCUACGUUUACACUGGGAAGCUGAAGCCUGCACCUCCGGAGGUGUCGACUUGUGUUCUUAGUUCUUGCGACCACGAGGCCUGUAGGCCUGCCAUUGAUUACUCAGUGGAGUUGAUGUAUGCCUCGUCCAUUUUCAAAAUUCCUGAGCUUGUCUCGCUACUUCAGCGCCAACUUCUCAACUUUGUUUGGAAGGCUCAGGCUGCAGAAGAUUUUAUUACAAUUCUCUUGGUUGCCUUCCAUUGCCAACUGAGUCAACUCAUCACAGUGUGUAUAGACAGAGUGGCUCGAUCAGACCUGGACAGCAUCUCUCUCGAGAAAGAACUUCCUCAUGAAUUGGCUGAAGAGAUUAGACUACUACGUUUAAAAUUUCAAGCUGAUGAAGAGGAUAACAAGGAAGCACCCGAUCCAUUGCUUGAAAAGAGAAUAAGGAGAAUUCUCAAGGCAUUAGAUUCUGAUGAUGUUGAGCUCGUGAAACUUCUUCUCUCAGAAUCUGAGAUCACCUUAGACGAAGCAAAUGCUCUCCACUAUGCUGCAGCUUAUUGUGACCCGAAGGUUGUGACUGAGUUGCUUGCUCUGGGAUUAAGUAAUGUGAACAGCCAAAACUUAAGAGGUUUCACUGUGCUUCAUGUUGCUGCAAUGAGGAAGGAGCCGAAGAUCGUUGUGUCAUUGCUAACAAAAGGAGCACGCGUAUCGGAAUUAACCCCAGAUGGUCAGAGUGCUGUGAAUAUUUGUCGUAGACUAACGAGGCCAAAGGAAUAUAACGCAAAGACAGAGAAGGGGCAGGAAGCGAACAAGGAUAGGAUUUGUAUUGAUGUCCUAGAGAGGGAGAUGUGGAGGAAUCCUUUGAUGGGAGAACCAUCAAUUUUGUCGCCGGUCGUGGCUGAUGAUUUGCACAUGAAGCUGCUGUACUUGGAAAAUCGAGUGGCAUUUGCACGGCUUUUCUUCCCUGCCGAGGCUAAGCUAGCCAUGGACAUUGCUCAUGCUGAGACCACACUUGAGUUCACUGGGCUUCGUGCUACGAAAGGCUCAAGUGGCAAUCUGAGGGAGGUCGAUUUGAACGAGACACCUGUUGUGCAGAAAAAGAGACUCUAUUCUAGGAUGGAAGCCCUCCAGAAAACGGUGGAAACAGGAAGGCGUUAUUUCCUGAAUUGCUCAGAAGUGAUCGAUAAGUUCAUGGAGGAUGAUCUGCUUGAUCUGUGCUACCUUGAAAAGGGCACGCCAGAUGAGCGGAGAAUAAAGACAACGCGGUUCAUGGAACUCAAGGAGGACGUCCAGAAGGCCUUCUGCAAGGACAAGGAAACACUUACCCGUUCUGGCCUAUCUUCCUCGGCAUCCUCGAAUUCUUUAAGAGAUGGAGCCAAUGACAAAAUUACCUUGAAUCACUCGAGAUCCCGAGCCAAUAACAAGAUUAGGAAACUGUGAAUAGUUUCUCACCCGGUCGAAUGGGAGGAACUGAAGGGAACCCUGUAUCCGGGAACUUCAUCUCAGUUUUGUUUUUUGGUUCAGUUUCUUUUGUUUGGUGUUUGUGUAAAAUUUUUGGCAAAGAAACUAAUCUGUACAAUGUGUAUUAUACUGCAGAGCUAGCAAAGAAAUACAGUAUGUAAUGUCCUACAGAGCAACUCUUCUGUCCUUUUUCCGGGGUUACUUUCCUUUGGUUGGAAAAUUGGAAAUAUCUGAACAUUGCCAAUGCCUGAUAUGAAAUUUGUUAAGUUGUUUGUUU